AUGAACAAAAAUAUAAUUGAAAUUAUGAAGCGUUCAUCGAAUUCGCAAAAUUUUACACUCAUUGCGCGAGAAAUUAUUUGGUACGAAUAUAAUUUGACAAUUAGCAAAAUUUAUCGCCGCAUAAUCCAUGCAAAGUUUUAUUUGCUGAAUCGUUCAUUUGUAUGCCGACCAUUUUAUGAUACCUUAGUUAAUGUUGGCAAGAGACAUGAUGCAAAUGAAUUAAAAGAUAAUAAAAUAAACUUUCACGAUCGUCGAAAACGGGAAAACUUGCAGCCUAGUGAAACAAGCGAAAAGUCAACAUAUUCAGAAAGUUAA